AGAAAAUCUAUCAUACUGGAAGAGGCACUAAACAUAGUGGACGGCGGGAAGCCCGCUAACUACAAAGGAGAAAAUGGAGACAUGAGUAGAGCUGGAUCGCCGAUAAAGGGGGUCGCACACCCGAGAGAAGAAACUACAAACCGAGAUAAUAGGCGUGAGGUGUUGGUCGCGGACAAAGAAGAAGAGGUCGUCGAGAGAGAGAGAGGCAGUACGAUAGAAGAGCAUCAACCCCAUAGGAGGAAAAUGAUCGAAAGUGGUGCUACUGGCACCAAUUGCACACCCAUGACACUACAGAGUGUCGGGACUUCAAAGUGAGUCUCUAGUAUCUAGCGCAUGGAGACCUGAGAAGCCGCCUGGACACACGAUCACACAUCAGAGGAGAAGCUGAUGAACGAGGAAGGUCGCUAAACCAGAGAAGGAGGUCUCGAACAUCCAGACGUAUGAGAUCAAGGACGAAAAUAAGAGAACGCUCUCCCCGCCGAGAACGAGUACCACCACCACCAAGACAAACUCCCCCUCGUUGACAACCCCGCUUAAAUGAAGACGACAUGGAGGUCAUAACCAUAGUAGGAGGACAUAAGCGGCCUCGAACAGAAGGAGACCGUCUAGAGUAGUGCCUCAAUGUUCACAAGAGCGAGCAGGUUGAGAUAAGCUUUUCCCCCUCCGAACUAACACCAGAAUAAAGCGGGGAGGACCCGCUGGUUAUUGCCUUUCGAAUGAAGAAAUUCAAAGUCACCAGAGCAUUGGUAGACAAUGGAAGUUUGGCAGACAUCCUGUUCUACUCUACCCUAAGAAACAUGAAAAAGAGUGUACAAGAUCUCAAACCCUCGGCGACUAGCUUGGUGGGUUUCUCAUGGUCAAAAUUGCGAGUGUUGGGGUCUAUCACUUUGCAAGUUACGAUAGGAGAAGCAGAAGUUACAAAAACAUGCCUCAUGGACUUCCACGUGGCUGAAUGCCCUUCGGCCUACAACGCAAUCCUGGGACGCGGUUUUCUGUCAACUUUCUCAGCAGUCCCUUCCACCUGCCACCAGCUGCUCAAGUUUCCCACUGGGAGGAAGAUCAUAGGGGUCUGUGGAAACACUAAACAAGCAAAGGAGUGGUAUCAGGCAACCAUCAAGAGCUUGGAAGUUGACGUGCUCGAUACAAGGGGAAGCCAUCCCAGACCUGAAGCGGUCGAUGAGGAUACAACUGUUGUCGUUCGUCCUUAGCGAAGAGGAGCUCAAAAAGAAAGUCAGAAUAUCGUCUCACCUCCCAAAAGAAAAAGCGCGGGAACUCAUAUCACUCCUCGGAGAGUAUAAAGAUCUGUUUGCAUGGACCCCAGAAGAUAUGUCAGGCGUCUCAAAAAAGUUAGGUGAACACCAACUGUCAAUCAGAAGUAAAGCAAGGCCAAUACAACCAAAAAGGAGAAAUACCCCCCCCCCCCCCACACUAGAAGAAGAGGUAAAGCGAUUGCUGAAGGUCGGGUUCAUCAUGGAAGUCAGAUACUCAAAAUGGCUGGCUAACCCAGUCUUUGUCCGUAAAGCAUCGAGACUGUAGAGAAUGUGCAUCCAUUUCACAAGCCUCAAUGCGGCCUGCCCCAAGGACACAUAUCCUCUAUCUAGGAUCGACUAGUUGAUCGAUUCAACCGCUAACCACGAAACUCUCAGCUUCCUCGACAUGUUCUCUGGGUAUCAUCAAAUCCGACUUCCUGAGGAAGACAAAAAAAAAAUCCGCGUUCAUGACGCACAUGGGAAACUUCUGCUACACGGUCAUACCGUUUGGUCUGAAGAGCACCAGAGCAACUUAUCAAAGGAUGAUAGACCCGAUUUUCAAGGACCAAUUAGGAAGGAACAUGGAGACAUAUGUAGAUGACGUCCUCGUUAAGAGUAAGAGGGGAGUUGAUCACCUGGAGGACCUGAGGGAGACAUUCGAAAGCUUAAGGAGAGAGUGCCUUAGGCUAAAUCCGCUCAAGUGCAUAUUCGGAGCAAAGGCGGGAUAAUUCUUAGGCUUUAUGGUCACCAGCAGAGGAAUUGAAGCAAACCCCAAGCAGAUAGAGGCUAUACUUAGCCUAAAGUCGCCAAAGACGGUGAAGGAAAUUCAAGCGUUCAACAAAAAAAUGGUUGCCUUAAGCUGCUUUAUCCCAUGGCAGCAGACAAAUGUUCACCAUUCUUCCAAAUGUUGAAGAAUUCGGCAUCGUGGCUCUAGUGGGGCGAUGAGUGCGACCAAGCUUUUUUAGUUGACGGAGCAAUUAACAUCACUCUAGUCCUGAGCACCCCUCUUCACAGAGAACCGUUGUAACUCUGCUUAGCGGUCUCCGACUAAGCAUCAGCUCAGUCUUAAUGUGAAGUCCAGAAAACAGCUCGGACCAUCCUGUCUACUAUGUAAGUAACUGCAGAAAACAGUACAUGCCCAUUGAAAAAGUGGUCCUGGCCGUUGUCUCAGCCGCAAGUAAAUUGAGAUCGUAUUUCUAAGGACACCAAGUCACCGUGCUCUCCAACCUGCCACUGAAAAAAAUUCUCAAAGGAAUGGAUGUGUCAGGAAGAAUGACAAAGUGGGCAGUCGAGCUAAGUGACAUGGCAUACGCACCUCGACCGCCAAUCAAGGGGCAAGUGUUGGCAUACUUUGUCGCAUAAGGUUUUAGCUUGGAAACCAUGGAGUCAGAAGGAACAAAAGAAGUAUGGCGUCUCUUUGUAGACGGAGCAGCUGGACAAGACGGACUGGAGCUGGAAUUGUCAUCAAAACGCCUAAGGGAGUGGUGCACGAAUUCUCUCACAGGUUUUGAGAAUUAAAAACCAACAAUGGGGCGGAGUAUGAGGCACUCCUCAGCAAUCUCGGGAUUGUUACGGGUAUGGGCACCUCACACCUU